AUGAAGUUUGAACAAAAGUUAUUGAAUUCACGUGAACUCAUAUGUUACCUGGUAGAAGUGGGUUAAAAUCUUUGAAUACAGGAGUUCAAAAUUUAAUAGCUACAACCAAGAUUUCUUUUAUAUCUGCCUAAACGUAGCUGAUAUCCAACACCAUUUUUUUAAAAAAAGUGGAAAAACUGCAACAACUACAACAUAGGUGGGCGAGCAUUUAUAGCAUAGCAAGGAUGGUCAUAUUGCCAAUUGGUUAUACAACAUAUGGGCAAAAGAUUUGCAUCAGGCAUUUCACAUGGGACCAUUAUGUUUUCAUUGUUUGUAACACCCCAUGGCCUUAGUUAAUGUUCGUGCCUAUGAAGUUGCUAACCAAAUUCAGCUGACCAAUAUUAAUGACAGUCAUUACUCAAGCUUCUGCACUUGAAAAAUAUUCUAUCUUUCUGCUACACAUUCAAUCUUGAAUAUUUUUCAAGAUGGGGAAUUUGGAAGGAGCGUCGUUUUCUGAAACGCCUACAUAUGCCGUGGCCACAGUGGUCACGGUUUUGGUGAGCAUUGGUUUCUUGAUCCAUGGCAGUUUGAAGAAGUUUGGAAAGAAUGAAUUCUUUGUUUUCUGUAUUUUUUGUUCUGAUAGUGGUUGCAUAAGACGAAGAGGGAACCACUUUAUGCUGCGCUAGAGAAAAUAAAGGAAGGUAAGCCACCUAUUAAUAAUUUGAACCUUUGUGAUCACGGACAGUGGCGGAUACAGAAGGUUUCUGCAGUUAUUUUUUUACUUCAUCCUUGACUAUACUAUAUGGAAAUUAGUAAAAGUGGAGUUGAAUAUAUGCUCCAAACAAAGUAGAGCUACGAUUUUGAGUUUAUGGGUUGUCGAUUCUAGAAAACACAUCUUAUUGGACUUCUGAUAAAAAUUUUAAAACAAAUACGAUGUUUGAGCUAGAGCUACUGGAUUUUGAGUGUCAAACACUACUGGUAAAGUGGAGGGAUUCUAUCUAUUCCACCACAAUCCCGCAACAAUUUAUGAUUGCUUGAUGAACUCGUUUUUCCUUUUCUCUUCCUCUUCCUCUUUUGGCUGCAAGCAGAGCUUAUGGUGUUUGGACUGCUAUCACUGUUGAUGGGUCAUUGGAUCAUUUAUGUUGCAAAGAUUUGUGUCAAAGCGUCAGCAGUGAGCAGCCACUUUUAUCCAUGUUCUCCUCCAAGAAACAAGACGGAGUCAGCAAUUACGAGAUUUGUUUUAUCAGGUUCUUCAUACUCCAAUUUCUCAAUUUCAAGGCUGCUGUUAAGCAGUGGACAUGUAAACUAUUGUCCUGAGGGUCUCCAAUCAUUCGCUUCAAAGGAGAGCCUGGAGCAGCUCCAUCGUUUUUUGCUUGUCCUCGGAGUUAGCCAUGUAUCUUACAGCUUUUUCGCCAUUGCCUUGGCAAUGAUCAAGAUAUAUAGCUGGAGAACAUGGGAAAACAAUGCCAAGUCAAUGGCUCUUCAAAGACUGGAAGGAUCUGAAGAACCGGUGGCAAACAACACGAGAAUGGGGCGUCUAUCAACUUUUACUUUUCACCACACCACUCACCCGUGGAGCCAACACAGAGCUCUUGUUUGGCUGCUUUGUUUCAGCCGCCAGUUCUGGAGUUCGAUAAAUGAAGCUGACUACAUGGCUUUGCGCUUGGGUUUUAUUACUACUCAUCAGCUGCCAUUAACUUAUGACUUCCAUAAGUAUAUGCUUCGAAGCAUGGAGGAAGAAUUUCGCGAUAUUGUUGGCAUUAGUGUUCCACUAUGGAUUUUCGUCAUACUUUGUGUAUUUUUAAGCUUUCAUGGCACAAAUAUCUACUUUUGGAUCUCCUUCUUUCCAGCAAUUUUAAUCCUAUUGGUUGGUACCAAGCUUCAUCGCGUGGUGGUCAAGCUGGCAGUUGAAAUCAUGGACAGCAGUCCAUUGGAAGGAUUUCAUCAGUUUAACCUCCGAGAUGAGCUCUUCUGGUUUGGGAAGCCUAGGUUUCUGCUGCGGAUAAUACAAUUUAUAUCAUUUCAGAAUGCAUUUGAGAUGGCAACGUACAUAUGGUCACUGUGGGAAAUUAAGGGAGCUUCAUGUUUCACAGAAAAUCACACAUUUCUCGUGAUUCGCUUGUCAUUUGGGGUUAUUUCUCAAUUCUGGUGUAGCUUUGUCACAUUUCCACUCUAUGUUAUUGUUGCUCAGAUGGGUUCGAGAUACAAGAAGACCAUCGUUUCAGAGAACGUUAGGACUUCAUUACAUGGAUGGCGACACAAGGUAAAAGCCAGACUAGAAGGUUCUGUUGUUUCGCCAGAAACACUAUUAGCAGCCACAUCAUUAGACUCCAUGGAGGAGGACGAGGCAGAUCAAAUUCAUACCAUUGUGUCGGACCAACAUGUCACUCUUGAACAAAGUUGCACGAAUGAAAUCUCAGAAUGUGAUGAGUUACAUAUUCCACUUUCUCCUCGAAUUUAAGGAGAGUUUAGAUCAGAAAUAUGAUGAUGGAUCAAAACAAUGAUCAGAUGAUACAGUUUCGGGCCUUAUACAACAGGAACCACAGAACCUUAGACAUAGUAAUCUUGCUCUUGUCCAAUUUUUCCCAGCUAUAGAUGCAUCUAAUUUUGUCGUCCAUCCAUGUCUGGCUAUCUAUUUAAGAAGAUCGAUGUAUGAUCAAUUAUAAAUUAUAUGAAAACCUGAAGACAAACAAA